CCGUAACCCCGGCUCAGAGAGAGAGAGAGAGAGAGGGAGAGAGAGCAUGGGAACAUUGAGUAUGGAGAGUAAUGUGCAGAGGCGAUUGGAUUCUCUUUCUCGUCACUUGCUCUUAUCACCUGAAACCGUUGAUAAUCACCUCCUUCAUCUGAAUCAUUUGGGUGCAGUACAACUGAGAUCUGUUGAUUUGGUUCCUGUUAUUGUUGGAGGAAUGGUUUUAGACAUUCAUGCCAGGCCUUCUAUCAAAGCAAAUCCUAGGACCACUACUCCUGGCAAGGUUCAGUAUGUAAGAGGAGGAGUAGCAAGGAAUGUUGCUGAGUGCAUGUCAAAGCUUGGGACGAGACCCUAUAUGAUUAGUGUGGUUGGACUCGACAUGGCAGGUGAUUUACUGUUGGAGCACUGGAAAUCUUCUAGACUUCCUAUAGAAGGCAUCCGAAAGUGUCAAGAUGCUGUGACUCCUGUUGUAUCAAUCAUUUUUGACUCCCACGGGGAACUAGCAGCUGGCGUUGCAAGCGUAGAAGCAGUUGAGACCUUUCUGACACCAGAAUGGAUAUGCCAAUUUAGGUGCAACAUCCUUUCUGCUCCUGUGUUGAUGGUUGAUGCAAACGUGCAUCCACGUUCACUUGAAGUAGCUUGCCAAAUAGCAGCAGAGUCUCAUAUCCCAGUGUGGUUUGAGCCUGUAUCAGUUUCAAAGUCGAAAAGAAUUGCAUCUAUUGCGCAGUAUGUAACAUAUGCUUCCCCUAAUGAAGAUGAGCUUAUUGCCAUGGCGAACACUUUAUCUUGUAGCCAUGAAUUCCAUCCGAUCCAAAGGCUAGAUAAGAACGGAAAUAGAUUGUCCAUAGAAUCUAUAUUCCAAAUGCUAAAACCCGCAAUUUGGGUGUUGCUAGAGAAGGGCAUUAAAUUACUCAUUCUAACUCUUGGAUCAUAUGGCGUGUUAUUAUGUUCUAGAGAGGGGCCCGACUUCAUGAGAAAAGCUGCAGAGAACACCAAUCCCAGUAGCUUUGGUGACAGGCUACAUGAACUAGUGUCCUCAAGUUGUCCUUCGGAUCAAUUCUCAAGCCGUGGAGUGUGGAAGAUCCAAUCCAUUUUUGUUCUGCAUUUUCCUGCGCUUCCCGCAUCUGUUGUGAGCCUUACGGGAGCUGGUGAUUGCUUGGUUGGUGGGACCCUUUCUUCUAUUUGCGCAGGUUUGGACAUCAUGCAGAGUCUGGCAGUUGGUGUAGCAGCUUCCAAAGCGGCAGUCGAGACCGAAGACAACAUCCCUCCCGAGUAUUGCCUAAAAACAAUUGCAGAUGAUGCCCAACGGGUAUUUUCAGCUGCGAGAGUUCUGUUUGAUGAGUAGCUGGUGCAAUUUGUGGGUUGAUGGGCUCAACUCUAAUCUUGCCUUUAACUGUGCAGAUCUUUCUAAUUUUAAAAUCAGGUGCAAUGUUACUACAUGUGUGGACAUUCGUCGAACAAGGAUGCAAAAAGGAAUAGCAAAAGCAUAAAGGCUAAAGAAAACCGUUGAAGAUUCGGUUUCCCACUUUCUAUGGUUGUAGAAAAAGACAAAUCGUAAGGAUAUGUUGCAAACGUCUCAUUCGUUUUCUCACCGAGGGAAUAUGUGAAUGGGACCAUUGAUCUGUUGGUCCCACCA